GUUCGUCAUCAUGGAUCCGCGGUGGUGACGUCAUCAUCAUCUCCGUCGCGGCCGCGCGUACCUGCUCAACCCAGCCCACCCACCUCUCCCCCGUCCUUUCCACCGAGGGGGGAUGGAAUCCCCCGCGCGGCACCCGUGAUCCGCGCGGCCGUCCCCGGCGGCGGCUGACCGAUUCCACGUAUUUCGAAUCAAUUCCGUCCUCACACCAAAGCACCGCUCCCCGCGAGUCCACACCGCUGACCGCCUCGUUGCUUCCGCGCAAUUCCACCGCCAAAAGCGAGUCUCUUGAGUACCGAGUAGAGUAGAAGAAGCCCUUGGCCCCGCCCCGAACCCUACGCUGCGCUCCCAUGGACGGCCUCGCCAGGGACCUCGCUGCGGCCUCCCUUUCCGACCCGGCGGACCAGAGCGGCACCGCCGCCGCCGCAGGAGGACCCAGCGCCGACUACCACCUCCACGUCAUGCGCACGGUCGAGGGCGCCGACGCCACUAUCCGCCGCCAGCUCGAAGAGAAUAACCGCCUCAAGGAGGAACUGAUGCAGAAAACGCAACAACUACAGAGGAUUAGGGAAGAUGCUACACCCCAAAGUUCUUUUGGUGGAGUUGGUCAAGAGCGCAAUUCUUUUGCUAAUAAGAUGGAUGGCUCAAAGUCAUUUGACAACAGCUCUUCAACGAAUCCCCAAAGUACCUCUAUCCUUCAUCAGAAUGGAAGUUUUGCAAGUGGAGAGCCUCUGAUGAAGGAAAGCAUGAAACAGAAGUACCUUGACAGUGCCCAGGCUAAUGGAGCAUUUACAAGAUCAUCACGAGAACAUACUGCUAUGGAGAAUGGUGGCCCGUCACAGUUCUCUACUCCAUCUUCUCGGUCCCUUUCCCCAACUAGGCACAGAAAAGACGGAGAGUAUGAUUCCAGGUUGUUGCCAGUUUCAGAGUUGAACUCAAACAUAUCCUGGAAGCAGGAACUUACUGUUAAGGUCAAAGAACAUGACGAAGAGAUUGCACAAUUAAGAAAGCAUCUCACUGAUUACUCAGUGAAGGAAGCGCAAAUACUAUAUGAUAAAUCUAUGUUGGAAAAACGGAUUGCUUAUAUGCGCAGGGCAUUUGAUCAACAACAAGAAGAUUUAGUUGAUGCAGCAUCAAAAGCUUUAACGUACAGGCAAGAUAUUAUUGAGGAAAACAUCCGUCUAACAUAUGCAUUGCAGGCAGCACAACAAGAAAGAUCAACUUUCAUAUCUUCUUUGCUGCCUCUUCUGUCUGAAUAUGAUAACCUCCAGCCUUCUGUUCUCGAUGCCCAAUCGAUUGUUAGCAAUUUGAAGGUUUUGUUUAAGCAUUUGCAGGAGCAACUUUUUGUUACCGAGGAGAAAUUAAGGGAGUCACGAUACCAGAUUACUCCAUGGCAUACCGAAUUAUCGAAUAAUACUAGUCCUCCUGUGCCUACGGAUCCUCCAGCUGGAAAAGCAUUGACCAAAAGCAGUCUUGAUAUAGUGCCCCAGACAGCAUAUACUCACAUACAAUCCCCAAUGUCUUCUCCUGUUCAAGCUAGAGGUGAUUGGGGUGUAUUUGGUAACAAAAACUGUCAAGUUAUUCCAAGUGAGGUUCCUCGAAGAAAUGCUGAAUACAAUGACAUGGGAAAGACCUCUCUUUCAAGCAGAAACCAAUUUAGGACAAAUGUUCCCGCUCAAGGAUCUCAAAGUGAUUCUCAUGCUGUCCAGUUUGACUUUGAGACCCAGAGUCAAAACCCACCAUUCAAGGGCCUUAGUAGAAAUGGUGUAUUGGAUGGUUCGGAGAGUGCUGAAGUCCAAAAUGUACAAGAAUCUUCUGCUCAAUGGGGUCCUGGGGACUCACCUAAUUUGGCAUCUGGCCUCGAGGAUGCAAAUCCUUCAUAUCCAUAUCUUCCUACAGUUCUUGAGGAGCCUGGUUCUUCUUUCUCUGAAGCUGCAGAGGAUGAUCCAUUGCCAGGCAUAGAAGGGCUUCAAAUCACGGGUGAACCUUUUCCUGGACGAGAACUUCAAGCAAGCGGGUACCCAACUAAUGGAACCACAACUUGUAACUUUGAGUGGGUGCGCCAUUUAGAUGAUGGCUCUGUAAAUUUCAUAGAAGGAGCAAAGCGGCCUAGCUAUGUGGUUACUGCCGAUGAUGUGGAUACUUUACUGGCCAUUGAAGUCCAACCCCUAGAUGAUAGGAAAAGAAAGGGGGACUUUAUCAAGGUUUAUGCUAACGAGCAAGGAAAAAUUACCUGUGAUCCUGAAACAAAGGAGGUUAUUAAGAGAACUCAUGAAAUUGGGCACGUGACCUACGAGGUCCUAGUCCAACUGCCUCAGGUCAGAUUUUUAGACAUGUGGGAACCAGCUGUUUUGGCAAUAAAGAGGGAAGGUUACAGUAUUAAAUGUAAUGGGCAGCGUGGUGUUGUUAUCACAGAGAAAUUUCAGCAAGCAACUGCUAUUAAUAUUCCGCAUGGGCGUCCAACAGAGUUUUCGAUUACAUCUGCUAAUGGUGUUGAUCAACAUUAUAAUUUAAUGCCAGCAGAAAACACACUGCAGAGGGAUACCAUUGUUCUGGUAUUAAGAUUGUUCAAAAAUAUGGCUGUUGAGAGGAGAAGAGGAAGAAAGAAGGGCCUUUUCUUCAAGUAGAUUCAGAUCCAUACACUUGUAUUUACGCUUCUUCUAGUGUAUGUAUAAUUUUGGGUGAUAGGUGUGGCGCAUAUGUUGUGUUUAUCUGUUGUGUAAUUCUAUACACGAUUUUGUUGUAAACUAACCAAAGAACCCAAGGUGAUGAGAUUACUUUCUUCCCCUUCUGAAGAA